CAGAAUUUAGGCACAUGAGAAAUAUUAACAUUAGAAAGGCAUUACCACCAUUGCUGAUUGGGUCAGCCAUGGCCAGAGGCAGGUCCAACUAGGAGCCGGGGAAGCUUCUAGCAGCUUCUCGCAGGAGCCGCCCUGCAGCCCCUCUUCCGCUACCAAAACCCCGCCACACAAACCAAAACAUCAUCUUAUGCUUGAUCUUUUACUUUCACCUGAGAACUCAUCCAUUUUCUACUGGGGAGGCAGCAUUCAUGACCAGAGCCUGGUGGGCAGCAGGUCCUUCUUUCUGAGGAUCAGAGCAUGAAAGAUGUCUAGCUUGGAGGAAAGCAGAAGUACAAGCUUGUCUUGCUGGGACAGACAAAGCCCGUUUUCACUGUCUGGUAUUUGUUUUUCUAUUUGUGCAGGACUGUUCAACUUUUCUUUCAUAAUUCACAGAUGUACAAAACCAGUCGUGGCAACAAUUCAGUAUUUCAAGGAAUAGCUGCAAGCCUUGGUGUUUAUUGUUUAUACUUAUAAACAAUAGAAAUUUAUAAAUACCAGUACAAACCCUAAUCCUGUAUCUGUAUGAAUGAACGGUGCUGUCCAACAUGUUUUAAGUUCUGAGAAUGGCAAGUAAUACCAUUCCCUUUCAGCCAUGGCUGUAGGUACCUGUGAUGGUACCUUUGAUGUAGGCAGGAGGAUUCGUGCUGUACCUAUUACCUCCAGGAACAGAAGGCCUUUGGAGGAUCUAACCAUUGGGAACUAGCAUUAAAUAAACUGAAAUCUGUUAGAAUUGGAAGGAAGGCGAAAGGAGGAAGAAAAUAAGAUGAAUUUGGGUAAACAUCACACAAUGGAAUUAAUGAUGAGCAGGCAGGCAACAGGACCCAGCUGAAGGCCAGCCUCUGGAUCCCCAACUCAUCACAUGCUGCUGGAAACCACCAGAGGAACACAGGGAAAAGAGGAUGAAAUCACUGUCCCAUACACAUUUCAGCUGAUUGCAGAAGCACUCGGACAAAAUCAGCUUGAAGAAAAAGAAAGAUGUGUUAAAGAGUUUAUUCUCUUGACAGAGCUACAAGGACAGCCUGGCUGUGGAGGGAAUGGGGUUCCAAGCUGGUGCGUGCUGCUCCAAGGCAGGCAGUCUGCCAUCACAGACAUCCUGCUGCACCUCACGGUGCUUACACGGGAUGCUGAACAUCACGGGGCUGUUGGCAGCUGCUUGGUGUUCACGAGUGAAAAAAACAAUGGGGAAUCGAUUACAGUGUUAGGGAGUAGCCUAUUUCUGAAGAAUGGCGCUGAGUGACCUCCUUUACCCAGAUAACCCCAAGAGAAGGCAAGAACUGAUCCAUCUGCACCAGGAAUUGCUUGAUUGCAUGUCCACAAAUUUCCGUGCAACAAAUGAGCUGGCUGGAGUGCUGAAUGAACACCUGGGCUGUACCAUUACCCACAUUCAGAUGAGAGAGCACAGCACUGUCAAGGAGAACUGUGACAUUAUCAUUCAAGCGAUGAGUGAGAUUCAGCAUCAGGUACAGAAGAUUGAUAGUGACAUGAAGGAAAAGCUGGAGCCUGUGCUGUACCAGAAGCUGUAUGACAUCAAAGAGCCCGAGUUGGAGAAAAUUGCAAUAGCUCAUAAAGUUUUUUCCAUUGUUCUUGGAGAAGCGACUUCAACAGCUGGGAUGGUAGCUAUCAAACUUCUUGGCUCCAAUCUUAUAACUCUCACUGUGAGCAAGCUCGUCAGUCUCCUUGCGCAGAUCGGGGCAUCUGUUCUCGGGGGAAUCAGCAUCACUAUUCUCGGGCUUGGCAUUGAAAUGAUCCUCCACGCCAUCCUGGGAGCCGUGGAGAGGAACCAGCUUCUGGCAGCUGUGAGAAGCUACGAGAAGCACCUGGCUGAGUUUAAAGCAGCCUCAGAAAAGUACCAGCGUGCCAUACGAGAAGUGACUUCUUUGGUGAGACAGCAGGUUCAGUGAAUGAAGUCGGAGUUCUCCCUCCUGCUGUGACAGUGGCUGCAGCAGCUACACCUGCAGAAUCCUUCUUGAUUUGUUAUGGUAAAUGAACUACUGAUGGCUUUUUUUCUUAUUAGUGGCAGCAGAGCAAGAGAUGUGACAGGUCAGGGAAUUGGCACUGAAAUAUAUUAAUAGGUAACAGGCUUAUAGGUGCUUCUGGGAGGCAACGCUUCAAAUACUUCACAUCUUUCCUCCAGUUAUUUUCUGAAAUGCAUUGUAGAUAACCUUGAACUGUAAUUCGUACUAGUGACAAUAAUAUCCGUUCCUGGAGCUGUAGUGGUGAGAAGGUGUGAUUUUUCUCUUACUGUGUUUCUAUAUCAAAGAUGGCAGCACGAUGCGAGGAAACAAUUUCAUCAAGCCCCUUGGAGGGCUCACCAGGACAGCUGUGGAUGCGAAACUCUUAGUGUGGAUUAGUGCUAAAUCUGGUAGGCUGAAUUCCCUGUUCAUUGAACUGCUUACAAGGUCUAGCUGAAGCAUAUUUAACUGAUAUUUCCUGUCCCACCCCUGCCUAAGGAGCCAGCCGGAGAUCUUCUUUAAAUAAACUCUAAUCCCAAUAGAUUAGCAGUUAAGAGAAGCAUGGGCCUACAGGCAAACACACAUAACCUUGCCCCCAAACCGAGAGAAACCAGCAACAGUGUUCCAGGCAUGCCUAGCUGUGAAUAACCUCUUACGCUCAGUAAUGCCCUGCUCCUGUCAACCCACAGGUAAAUAUUUCUGUGCAGAGUUGCUGCUCUGUUGAUUGAAAUGGGAUUAUACACACGUACAAGUGUCUGUAGGAUUACAGCCCUAUUAAUGCACUAAAUUUAUUUUCACGUGCUUUACCCAGUCCCACCAAUGUGGGACUGCCAAGAGCCUUCUCAGAUUCUGCACUUCACAAUAUGUUGCCAAAUGUCCUUAUUUUUGAGAUUUUAAAAACAAAGCUGGAGGCAAGAACAUGAUUUGCAGUCUCUUGCUCUGAUUUGCUGUGGUUUGCUUUUUUUGCUUUGAUAUUUGAAAAAAAAAUAUAAUUAAGAAUUAAUAAAAAAGUACCUGAAUAUUGUAAGACCUCUCUUUCCUGUACUUGGUUUGCUUUUUUUUGUUCUGUCUGAAAAACCAAUCUUAAACCAAAUCAUGAAAAAGAUUAAAAUCUUCAUUA